AUGGGGCUGAUGUCUCCUGUAGACAUCUCUAGCGUUGAGAGAAUGGCAGCUGUAUGCAGAUUUGUUAAUUCUACAUCUCCCUUAACCAGAAAUAUAGCUAGAAACAUGAUGAAACAACCCAACAAUGAUGCAACAGAUUCUUUAUGGAAACAAACUAGUAUUACUAUGAAAGAAUUGAAUUUAUACUUCAAAUCCACCGAAAGUGGAUGGGUGUUGUGCCACCGCAAUAGUCACAAACCUGUCCAAAACAUCAGACAACUCGUUCUAAACAAUGAACGUAAAAAAAAAGAAAUAACAAUAAUGGGCCAACUUGACAACGAGUUCAACUGGCACCACUGUGUGUUGUCUCUUUGGAGAAACCACCAACUCUCGUACUACCAACAACGUCUACUAUUUUACAACCUACACCAUGCCAUAUAUCUAGGCAUUAAUAGUGAAUGUGACAUAUGUCACAAGGAAGAAACCUGGACCCAUGUCUUCCAAUCCUGUCCAAAAUGCUUACCUGAAAAGCAAGAACUAUAUGCCACUUGGGACGAUAUCUCUCAUAAAUACAACCUAAGCAAGAUCCGUUUCCCACCUGAAUCUUCCAUUCCAAAUUGCCUUAACAUUGAAUAUGACGGUCGAUGCACAAAGCAUAAUUGGUCCAUUUGGGCCAAUCACAAACGACUCCCCAAGGCUGUGGCCCUAGAUAUCUACAAAGCUCUCGCAGUAUAUGUUAGUAACUGCUACAAAAAUUCAUCAUGGUACAAUCGUCCCACCGACUCCUUCAUCAAAAACAAAAAAUACACUUCUGCUUACCAAAGGCAACAGCUGUCCCAACCACUUAGCCCGAACCAAACUCGUCCAAACACUGAACAGAACUAG